GCCACCUAGGAGAGCUGCCUCGGCCGCUGCAGCCUGGCGCUCUUCCCUGAUGGGCCGGUCGGGGCUGUGCUGUGCCCGGAGCUGAGCGCCGCUGCGGCCCCCGCCAUGCCACAAUGGUGACCGCCUGGCUCGUCCUGCUGAGCGCCUUGCAGGCGGCGCGGGGCUCCCCCGGGCCGGCGGUGGCCGGCGGGGCCCCCGUGGGGCCCCCGUGCGCCCGGGGAGGACCGUCGUGCGACCCGCGCUGGCGCAGAGACGCGGGCGGGCGCGGCGGCGUCUACGAGCAUCUCGGCGGAGCGCCGCGGCGCAGGAAGCUCUACUGCGCCACCAAGUACCACCUCCAGAUCCACGCCAACGGCAGGAUCAACGGCACCUUGGAGAAGAACAGCGUCUUCAGUAUCCUUGAGAUUACUGCAGUGGAUGUUGGAAUUGUUGCCAUCAAAGGCUGUUUCUCCGGCAGAUACCUGGCCAUGAACAAAAGAGGCAGACUUUAUGCUUCCGAAACCUACAAUGCUGAGUGUGAGUUUGUGGAAAGGAUUCACGAGCUAGGCUAUAAUACGUAUGCAUCCCGCAUAUACCGGACUGUGCCCAAUGGAGCCAGCGGUAGGCGCAAAGCUAGCGCUGAGAGACUCUGGUAUGUCUCCAUCAAUGGGAAAGGACGACCCAGAAGAAGCUUCAAAACCCGUCGGACCCAGAAAUCUUCUCUCUUUUUGCCUCGGGUGUUGGAUAACAAAGACCAUGAUAUGGUCCGACUAUUCCAUACAAAUGCUAAGUACAGAGAGAGCCUGCUAAAGCCUCCAAGCAAGAACCAGAGGAGACGCAGAGGACACUAAGGGAUGCUCUGUGGGGAGGGCAAAGGAUGGAGAACCAAGAAGACAAGUCAGUGUUCAUAGUGCUACUAAAUAGCUAACAAAUAUGACUGUGUGAUCAAUGUGGACUCAGAAAGUAAUGUUACGCUGUAUGUAUAUAUUUUACCAGUUGUCUCACCAAACAUACUUGGCUAAUAGGUGUUUUAGACUUAUAAUCCAUUGUUAAGGGCAUAUGAUAUAAUAAAUCACAGCAUGUCCACGUGUAAAUUAGAUGGAUGCAACCAUUUUCA